CGUUCCCACCAAACUCAUCAAAUUCAAAUUCAAAUCAAAUCAAAAACUCCAAUCGUUUCAACAAAACCUCUCAACUUUCAACAAUGGAAGCCACCAAAUCAACCAAGGGAGCCGGAGGAAGGAAGGGUGGAGAUAGGAAGAAGUCCGUCACCAAAUCCGUCAAGGCUGGACUUCAGUUCCCCGUCGGUCGUAUCGCUCGAUACCUUAAGAAAGGAAGAUACGCUCAACGUACUGGUACUGGUGCUCCCGUCUACCUAGCUGCCGUUCUUGAAUAUCUCGCUGCUGAGGUUUUGGAAUUGGCUGGAAAUGCUGCUCGUGACAACAAGAAGAAUAGAAUCAACCCUAGACAUGUUCAAUUGGCUGUGAGGAACGAUGAGGAGUUGGGUAAAUUGCUUCAAGGUAUAACAAUUGCCAGCGGUGGUGUUCUUCCUAAUAUUAACCCAGUUUUGCUACCGAAGAAAGGUAAAGCUACUGAAUCUGAGAAGCCUGGAUCGAAAUCUCCCAAAAAGGCCUAAACGUAUUAAUGGAAAAUAAUAGGGAAAAAUUAGGUCUUGUGUUUCCUGUUUUCUUCUCUGUUUUAGUUAUUGGUGCAGAUAUGUAGUUCGGUAUAUAGUAACUUCAACUUAUCUCAUUAAUGAAUGAACGAAAUUAUUCAGUUCUCA